UUUCGCGUCUUCAUUCUUAGCGAUUUAUGUUUACAUGUUGUAGUGGCGCCUCCAAGCGUCACCCUUGCACGGUUUUUUAAAAGUUUUUUCUGUCUACCUUAAAAUUUCACUCGCUCUUUAGCGGUCCGGUCUCUCUGAGCUCCUCAUUUACGUGUUUCCGUGCCGAACCCUUCGCACGUCAACUCAGCUCCCGCAACAGUAUAUAUUUUCACCGUGUCUAGUGUGCUCUCAAAAUGGGGAAGAAACGUAGAAGAGAAAAUAGUGAAGAACGGAUCCGCAGGAAGAUUCAAAAACUAGAAGGAAAGUUACAGAAGCGAAGAGUACGAGUGAUUUAUUCAUCCGAUGAUGAACCUGAACGUCCACGUGGCCCUACGCCGGAUGUGGCGCGCCCGGGUUCUCCAACCGAUGCAGAGGUAUGGGCGUUCAGCCCGACGCCAUCGCCGCCGCCCGAGCCCGUGCCGCCGCCAGACGAGCCGAGCCCCGCGGCGCCGCCCGCGCCCCCGCCGCCCCCGCCGUCCCCGCCGCCGGGCCCGUCAUCAGCCCCGGAGCCCCAACUGCCCACACCCUGCGCCUCCGCAGAGGAGACGCCGCAAGCCGACCUGGAUGAUGAGGUUCUCAGGCUUCUCGGUGAGGCGCCGGAGUCAGAGACUGUAUUCGGUAAGGCCGUGCAUAAAGAUAUUGCUGCCAGGUGGACAGAAAUAAUUAAAAAAGGUCUUACGAAGGAAGCAAAAGACAAGAUUUUCAAAGAUUAUUAUGUACCCGAGAACUGUGAGUUGCUGCUCCCUCCCAAGUUAAAUCCAGAGGCAAAAGCCGCUUUAACUGAGAGUUUCAUCAAACGUGACGCUUCCUUGGAACUAAGACAGAAGCACCUAACUGUGGCUGUUUCAGCCUUAGCCCAUACUAUGGAUAAUAUCAUUUCAAACAGAGAUCUUUACAAUGCAGUAGGACAGAGAGUUUUACAGCCAAUUAGCGAUGCUUGUCGCAUAAUGUGUGAUAUGCACCAUUAUGAAACAAUGACACGAAAAAAAUUCGUAUAUUCAUCUAUCAACUCAGAGUUAAAAGAUGCACUGACUAACUCGAAAACUGACAAGUUCCUUUUUGGUGAAAACAUGUCCGACAGAUUGAAGGCAGCGAAAACUGUACAGAGAUCUGGAGAAGCCCUCAAAGUUACACAAGCACGGGCAAACCCAAGGUAUGCAGCUCCUGCGAGUUCAUUCAACUAUAGGAAUCGGGAAAACUUCAAAACUCUGCCGCAACUAAGGAGGCCGAAUGCGGGCAGGUUUCAACAGGCCCCGACUCGGCAACAGCCAGCGUACCCGCGCGGCCAGACGGCGCCAGCCCGGCCGUCCCCGUACGCCCCCCCCGCGCGCCCGCCGCCUCCGCCGCCGGCUCCGCAGCGCAGGAACACCCGCCGCUAGACGAGGUAUCGUACGCAGGCAGAUUACGCUAUUUUUAUGACGAGUGGGUGAAAAUCACUAACGAUAGCAAUAUAUUGUCAUGGAUUGAGGGAUACCAGAUUCCUUUCUUAUCUAAACCAGUGCAAAUGAUUUUACCGUCUCAUUCUAUAUCAGUUAGCGAG